AUCAUGAUGGAUUCCACACUCACAUCUUCAUCUCGAUCGACGGUCCAAGGCAUCGCAGGCGCUGCCAUCGGACUGUCAAGUAUCCUCGUCAUCGUUCACAUCGUCUCAAGACGCGUUGCAAGAGCUUCGAUCUGGUGGGACGAUGGUUCUUUAUGGUUGGGUGGUUGCAUGACUCUGGUGAUGAACGCUCUCUUCAUUCAUGGAGCACAACUAGGCCUUGGUUCAUAUGAGGAGCAAGUAUCGUCAUCACAAAUCGAAGGCAUCUUCAAGGUCAGUCCAUGCAGCAGCAUGAGUCNNAUCCUCUUUACCAACAACUUGAUCCACCUGUGGGCAUUGGCCUCUAUCAAGGCUUCAUUACUCCUCUUUUUCAACCGCAUGUUUGCCAGCUCCAACAACACUCUUCGCUGGACCGUCUACUUCUCUCUCUGCCUCAUCUUUGUAUGGGUUAUCACAUUCACUGCUGUCUCAACCUUUCAAUGUACACCAGUCUCCUUCUUCUGGGACAGUGGUGUAGUCGGAAGGUGUAUUACUUCUGACUGGACCUCAAGAACAGCUAUUGCCAUCUGUGACACCGUCUUCAACCUGGCUAUCGACUUCCUCUGCUUGAUGGCACCUUUUCAGGUACUUCGCAAGAUGCAGUUGGCCACCGGCAAGAAGGCAGGUCUUGCUAUUGUCUACCUCCUUGGUGGCUGCAAGAUUGUCAUCACUGUCAUUCGCGUUCUCUACCAGAUUGACACUCCUUACCUGGCGUCGUCUGACUCUCUCUACUCAUCUUUCGCCCCCACCAUCUUCAUCAUCAUCGAGACCAACCUUGCAAUCGCCUGUGCUUGCUUACCUUCCUUCUCUGUCAUCAACGACCGCACCAUCUUUGUCAUGACUAAGCUCGGCUCUCGUUCCAACACUCCUGAGAUCCUCGAGCCUCCCAACUCCCCUUACUGCCGACCCAGCUACCAACAACAACAAUUCUCCGACACUUCUCUGUUCCUGACAGAAUUCAAGCGUCAGCCAGCAGCCGAGUUUCCCAUUCUCACCACCAUCACCAGCAAUGUUUCAGAAGAGCCAGCUCGUCUGCCCAGCCUUGAGUUGGGUAGCUUUGCUCAGUCUUCCGUCUUUGACAUUCUCAAGCCUGCGGGCGCCAUCGUCAAGACCUUGGACGUCGAACAGACCAUUGAGGAGUAUGACUCGGUCAGAAAUCUGAAUGUCGAACAGACGAUCGAGGAGUACGAUUACAUUAUGAGACAAGCAUCUUUCUCUAUUGUUCCUGCGAACUUCUCUAUUGUCUGA